ACUUCCUUCUCUCUCUACCUCUCUCUCUCUCUCUCUCUCUCCGCCCCCGCCCCCUUCUCUCCUGACCCCCGGCCUCCCCGAUGCCUAAGAACAGCAAGGUGACCCAGCGCGAGCAGAGCCAUGAGCACGUCACGGAGUCGGUGGCCGACCUGCUCGCACACGAGGAGCCGCUCGACUACAAGAACAGCUCGCUGAACGUCGGCGGCGCCGCGGCGAAGAAAGUCCCACAGAUAGAUGCGCCCGAAAACGAUGGGCGGCCGGCGUGGAACAGCAAGCUGCAGUACAUCCUGGCCCAGGUGGGCUUCUCUGUGGGCCUGGGGAACGUGUGGCGCUUCCCUUACCUGUGCCAGAAGAAUGGAGGAGGUGCUUAUCUGGUUCCAUACUUCAUCCUCCUCCUCAUCAUUGGCAUUCCUCUCUUCUUCUUGGAGCUGGCGGUGGGUCAGAAGAUCCGACGUGGGAGCAUUGGGGUUUGGAACUAUGUGUGUCCACGGCUGGGCGGCAUAGGGAUGUCUAGUCUUAUGGUAUGUGGCUUUGUAGGCCUCUACUACAAUGUGAUCAUUGGUUGGAGCAUCUUCUACUUCUUCCAGUCUUUCCAGUAUCCUCUGCCAUGGAGCGACUGUCCGAUCAGGAGGAAUGGCACGCUCGCCAUUGUGGAGCCGGAGUGCGACAAAAGCUCGGCCACCACCUACUUCUGGUACCGCCAGACUCUGAACACGACCAGCACCAUCGCGGAGAGCGGCGGCCUGAACGUGAAGAUGACCCUGUCGCUGCUGGUGGCCUGGAUCAUCGUCUGCCUGGCCGUCAUCAGAGGAAUCGCCUCCUCUGGGAAGGUGAUGUACUUCAGCUCCCUGUUUCCCUACGUGGUGCUCUUCUGUUUCCUGGUCAGAGGUUUGAUGCUCAAAGGGUCGGUCGACGGCAUCGCUCACAUGUUCACUCCCAAGCUGGAGAAGAUGCUGGAGCCCCAGGUUUGGAGGGAGGCGGCCACGCAGGUCUUCUUCGCCCUGGGUCUGGGCUUCGGAGGAGUCAUCGCCUUCUCCAGCUACAACAAAAUCGACAACAACUGCCACUUCGACGCCGUGCUGGUUUCCUUCAUCAACUUCUUCACCUCCAUCCUGGCGACCCUGGUGGUGUUCGCCGUGCUGGGCUUCAAGGCCAACAUCAUGAACGAGAAGUGUGUCGUCGAGAAUGCAGAAAAGAUCCUGGGAUACCUCAACUCCAACGUCCUGAGUCACGAUCUCAUUCCGCCGCACGUCAACUUCUCUCAUCUCACCACGACGGACUACGCUGAGAUGUACGGCGUCAUCAAGACGGUGAAGGAGGGAAACUUCGCCCAGCUGGGUCUGGAGCCCUGUGUUCUGGAAGACGAGCUCAACAAGGCCGUCCAGGGCACCGGCCUGGCCUUCAUUGCCUUCACAGAGGCCAUGACGCAUUUCCCGGCGUCUCCGUUCUGGUCCGUCAUGUUCUUCUUCAUGCUCAUCAACCUCGGUCUGGGCAGCAUGAUCGGCACCAUGACCGGCAUCACCACGCCCGUCCUCGACGCCUACAAGGUCCAGAAGGAGCUUUUCACAGUCGGUUGCUGCAUUGUGGCUUUCCUGUGCGGCCUGCUGUUCGUUCAGCGCUCUGGAAAUUACUUCGUCACCAUGUUUGAUGAUUAUUCUGCCGGCCUGCCGCUCACGGUGGUGGUCAUCCUGGAAAAUCUGUCCGUGGCUUGGAUAUAUGGCACUAAAAGGUUCAUGCAGGACCUGGAGGACAUGUUGGGUUUCCGUCCAUGUAUAAUUUACUUUUAUCUGUGGAAAUACGUGUCCCCGCUCUGCCUCAUCGUCCUCAUCUCAGCCACCGUUAUAGAAAUGGCCAUCAGCCCACCAGGAUACAACGCCUGGGUUCAAGAGCUGGCUCAGGAGCGCUUCCAGAGCUAUCCUCCCUGGGCGCUCGCCAUGUGCUUCGCCCUCAUCGUGGUGGCCAUGCUCCCCCUUCCCAUCGUCUUCAUCGCCCGCCACUUCAACCUGAUGUCCGACGGCUCCAACAAACUGUCCGUCUCCUACCGCAAGACCAUGAUGAAGGACAUGUCCAACCUGGAGGAGCAGGACGAGGCCAGAUCCAUCCUGGGCGCCAAGCCCGGCGACGCGGCGUCGGCGCCAUCGCGCCGACCCUACCUGACCCCGGCGGGCAACAAGUCCUUUGAUCCCAACUCCCUGUCUCCCAGCAGCUGCUACGGAACGGGCUACCAAAACGCCGCCAUAAGCCCCACCACGCCCACCACGCCCACCACGCCCGUCACGCCAGAGUCCGAUUCUUGAACGCUGUCCAACCCUGUGAUGCCCAGGCCGGUAGCACCCUUUACUUUUCAGCCAUAAAGUCUCCUCCAGGGGUCACUGCAGCACCAAUAACCCCCACCGCUGCCCUACUUACCCCUCUGCACUGUAUAUAGCUUCCCCCAUACCUGAGCACACACACACACUUACCAAGGAAUCGCCCACAAAGAUGUCCGCCGUGUUUUCUAGCACCUGGAGCUGGGAGAUUUGUGUUUUUUGAAAAAAAAAAAAGAGAGAGACAAAUCUCACUCGUCACUGUUGACCAAAUACCGGAAUCAGGUUGAGAUUAUUUGACAACUCUGUAUCGUGUGUUUAAACUCAUCAGGUUGAUGUGCUUA